AGCAGGAUUCAACAUUCAUCGAGUUUCUACCUGUCGAGUCUGAUGAGGCAGCCGAGGUAAACCACACGGUGUUGGAUCAGCUCACGAUGGACGAGAUGUUCUUUAAGUCGGCCCUCCCUGCUCAGGAAGGUCUGGUGCUGGACGACAGCAGCCUGCCUCUGCCGGACAGAUCCUGGUCCGAGCAGCAAAUGCGGAUCCAGCAGCAGGUCCAGCUCACUCUGUCCCGGAAGGCGAGGAGGACUACUGUGUCAAAUGGUAGUGUCCAUUUACACAAAAACGCUACAAAGAGCUUGGAUGCUUCAGAUGGAACUUCACCAAACAGGAAGGUAAACGGAUGGGGUCCCUCUUACCGCUCCCCAUCCGGCCACAGUGUCCGGAGUCCAUCUAGGAGGGUGGAGGUGUCCCUCCCGCUGAGCCCGGAGUUACUUCGCUUCAACUACAGCAUGCCCCGUUACGGGACAUACACCCAUCCGUGGCCCGGUUCCUCCCUCAGGGCGGGGAUGGGGUUCUCACGGGGGCCCGAAACCUUCCGUCGCUACGCCUUCUCCGACACUCCUCGAGCUGCACGUCCGAUCCCGGCUUCAUCUCUUCAGGGAAGUUUCCGGAACCGGUCCAUCAGACGGCAACCUGGGUUUCAGCAGGGCGACGAGUGCGACCGGGGCCAAAGCACUGUCAAACAAUACCAGCACACUGUGGGGGCCCAGCCUCAGGAUGCGGGGUUGUCCUUGCUUUCUCGGGUCAGGAGGGACGGUGAUGGGGUCCAAAUACUGAACUCAUACCCCCACUCCGUCACCAGCGUGGACAUGGGGGGACAGAUGGAUGGAGAGCCGCCCUUUCAGCAGAGACGUGCACAGACCCUCAGGACUGUGAAGUCAGAGAAGCCUCCAGAGAUGACGUUGGAGCGGGCCGUGAACCUGCUGAGUCAGGAGGAUAAUGAGGAGACGCUGAUCCGUGCAGCCGGACACAUCCAGAGCCAAUGUUUCAAGAGCGCCGAGGCCAGGAAGAUGGUGUACUAUCUGCAUGGGAUAGCAAAGCUCCUGCAGCUGCUGCACCACGACCACGAGGUGGUGCAGCGCAUCGCCGCAGGAGCGCUGCGUAACGUCGUCUACCAGAGCAGCGAGAACAAGAUGGAGAUGAAGGAAAACGACGGGCUGAACACCGUCCUGCAGGCGCUGAAGAGCAGCCGGGAUGUGGAGACCAGGCGGCACCUCACCGGUCUCUUGUGGAACAUCUCCUCUCACGACCUCCUGAAGGAGCGUCUCUCCAGAGGGGCGUCCCUUGCGGUCCUCACUCAGUCCGUUCUGGUUCCGAGCUCCGGCAUCUCUGAAGGAGAAAACCCCAAAGACGAGCUGAUGGCCGACGCCGACGCUUUCCACAACGCCACCGGCUGCCUGCGGAAUCUGAGCUCCGCCGGUCCAGACGGCAGGAAGGCGAUGAGGGAGUGUGAGAAUCUGAUCGACUCUCUGGUCUACUACAUCCGGGGAGCCGUGGCGGACAAGACCGACGACAAGUCCAUGGAGAACUGCGUCUGCAUCCUGCACAACCUGUCCUAUCACAUGGAGGCCGAGCUCCCUCAGAGGUUAGCGGACAUCGCAGCGUCCCGGCAGAACUGGUCUCCGAACGAAGACGCUGUCGGCUGCUUCCCUUAUCGCAGCGCUAAGAUCACACAGGAUCUGGAGCAAGAGAGCCCCCGGCUGACGGAGAAGGCCAACCCCCGGGGCAUGGAGUGGCUGUGGAGCGCCAUCACCAUCCGCAUGUACCUGUCCCUGAUGGCCCGCAGCGUGAGGACCUGCACUCGGGAGGCGGCGCUCGGGGCGCUGCAGAACAUCACGGCCAGCAGCGGAGCGAGGAGUGAAUCCAUCGCCUUCACCAUCGUCCAGCGGGAGAAGGGCCUCCAGCACGUGAAGAAGAUGAUCGAGGAGGGAGAGACCGAGGUGAAGAGGACGGCUCUGUCUCUCGUAAAGAACCUCUCGCGCUACCAGGAGCUGCACCCCGAGAUCGUGAAGCAGGUGCUGCCGGAGGUGGUGGAGAUGCUCCCGUGCGACGACACCGGCACCGACCUGCCCACCGAGGUGACGACCACGCUGUGUAACACCCUCCUGAACCUGAGCCAGAGCAACAUGAAGAACGUCAGAGCCAUCUUCAACCAGGGAGCGCUCCCCAACAUCAUCAACAUCAGCAUCAAGGACAACGGCUAUGGGCCGACGAGAGCGGGUCAGGCGGCGUGCGCCCUGCUGCACAGCAUGUGGAAAUACAGAGAUCUGCGCAUGGCCUUCAAGAAGUGUGGGUACAUUAAAUCAGAUUUCAUCAAUGCAAGGACAACAAAGGCUGUGUCCGGACGGGACUGAGCCGAAGAUCAAGACAUCUUAUACUCCAAAUGAUACACUAAAUGCACUGCUCCUCCUGCAAUGGCUCGCUUUUAUUUCCCUUAAAGAUCCCAUGACAUGGAUUUAAAAUUGUACAUAUAAUAGUUUUUGUGAUUGUUUCUGUAAUUUAUUGUUAGCUAAUGGACAAACAGUGCGCUCAAUUUAAAUGAUGGAUAACAGAACGUGUGUAAAAAGAUAUUGAAUUAAAUGUAAAGUUCUUUAUGUUUUUUAAUGUAGUGGCAGCUAAAUAGUCGACGAUACUGAUUGGUGUGUUUUAGGCGUGAGUUAAUCAGACAAAGAACCACAAAGUAAUUACACUUAACGUUUGUAUAAAUGUAUAUAAGAUAUCAUUUUAGAUAGACGCUUUUAAUGCACAACAAAAAAAGCUGAUUUCUUGCUGUCUGACUCGAGUUGAAUGAAUAAACUUCUAUGAAUCAAA